UCAAGGAUGCAUUACCUAGUGCCGCGGUCACCGUCACCGUCACAGGCACCCUCAACCCCACCCCCAGCCCGGCCCCGGCCCCUCUCUCUCCCUCACCCGCACCUGUUCGCAAGCUCCCGGGGAUCCCAGGUGCGGGCAACCGGGAAAUUCCACGCCCCGCGGAGACCCGCCAGCUCUGGGGAGGGGAAAGGGGGACGCGCAAUCCAGUGACGCUCCCGGGCAAAUAUCCCAGAUUGUGCCUUUCUAGCCAAGAAGUAUGGAGGUGAUUCAUGGCAGGCCCUACUGUUGCAGGGAGUUAGAAAGAGCUGACAUUCUCUCAGACACUUUGUUCUCUGAUGAACUGCACACUCCGCUACUAUCAACCACUCGCCCAACUGCCUCAGAAGACAGGUAUCAGGAAUUAAGGGAGUCACUCCACCAAUGUAAGCUUCCAUGGGGUGCUGAAAGGGAAUACGGUGGGAUUAUACCGAUUUCGCUGCCUGAUGAACACAGGCCAAAAUAUGAACCUCCUCGUGUCAUGAGCAAAGGACAUCAGCAUUAUGGAUUUGGUGGAGAAACCUGGCCAAGAAAACUUCCUGUUGAACAAUACUAUUAUUUGACACAGAACCAAAAAAGUGACGUCUAUGGAAAUGAUUCCUUGUUGCCCAAACCAUCUAAUUCAACAAUAAGCGAAAUCUGCUUACCAUAUCCAAUUGAUCACCCUUACCAUACACACAUCUCUCGUGGAGCCAUGUUCCCGACCUUUACGUCACCUAAGGAGCUCUACAAUGGUAUUAAAGCCUGCACUCACCAGCCAUUUGCUCCCACGGUGCCAACCAAGACCUAUGAUUCAACGAUUUUGAAGACAAGAGGUAAUCCUUAUAGAUACGAACUGCUUGAUUUUCCCACGGAUUCAAAGAAGAAAUCAUUGGCGUGGCCAGGUCAGGAUGUGUAUUAUGAUAUUCCUAAAUGUGCAGAGAAAAAUAAGCCAACAUUCUACCCAAAACCACCUAAAACUUUCGCUCCCAACACUUCUUUAAAUACAUGGGAUGUUCUUAAGUCCAUAAAAGAAGCCAACAUACGAAGAAAUCUUGAAAGGUCCCAUUGGAUCUCUUCAUACAAUCAUGAUUUUACAGGUCUGGGACCCAUGAACCCCCUUGAACUGGAUGAUUACCACGAAAAGGAGGUAGCAGAAUUAACUGGACAGAAAGGAUUUGACGCACAGCCUCAAGAAAAAUUCCACUCUAUUUUAAAACCCUCCAGACCCUUGGAAGGGCGAAUCGCCCGACUUACUCAGAAUCGACGUCCUCUGGAGGCUAUUAUUCAGCAAAGUCCACGUUCCUGUCCAGAUUGUACCCCUAAUGUUUUGUGUACUUUUCAUACCUUUAUACCCAGUUCUGUAGAAAUGAUGGCACUAAGUGAUAAUAUACCAGCUGGCGUGACCCAUAAAAACCAGGAUAUUGAAGAGAAGAUCAAGGAAGAACAAAGCUUACUAUCUAACUACUCACUCAAACCUUCUUACUCAACAAAGGAUCUGACUAGCAUUUAUGACAUAAAAUCAUUUCCAAAAAUCACAGAUACUAAAAAGACAGAAGAUUUGUACUGGAGACAGCUGUCAUCAAAACCCCGACCUAUAUCUUACUGUAAAUCAAGCGAAUACAUUCCCUAUGAACGCUCUAAAUCUACCCUACACAAUCCAUAUAAUAUAAGUAGAAACCGGGUUAGCUUUGCUAAACCUAGUCUUUUACAAACCAAACCAGACAUGGAAAUAAUCAAUUUAGAACGUAAAUAUUUAGGUAAGCCAGAAGAACAGCUGGGCUUGAACAUGGAAAAAAACGAAGAAAUAAGAUCUACUCUGGGUUGGAUUCCUAAAGCUGGAGUGACCAAGCCUCAGACCAACCUUCUGGAUCUUAAAAACUCUUUCUCAAAAACUGGUGCACAAAAACGUUUCUAUAAAUCAAUUCUAGAUGACCAUAAAGACCUUAGGGAUAAGGUGAAUUCAGGGAUGAAACACCAAUUCUAUGGCCAUAAUUCCUAUGAUUUCUAUAAUUGA